CAGACCACCGCUGCUGACGCGCUGACACCGGUACUUACGUUAAAGAUGGCGUCCCCGGCUGCCCGGCUCGCUACACGCUGGUUGUCGACAGGACAUGACCGCAGCGGUCGCUUUCUGAAUGUCUCCGCCAGACAUGCAGGAGUUUGUUCGGGGACGAUAUCGCGGACACACCGGGGGGGGUCAGCGGUCGGCCGGAGCUCGUGGACACCCGGAAGUGUCGUGACAUUGGGGAGACUGAGAGGCUCCAGAUGUCCCCGUGGUAUCACCGGCCACUCUUUUCACACCAGCAGCCGGUCGGCCAACAAGCAGGACUUCUAUGAAGUGUUGGGCGUCUCCCGCACUGCGGCACAGAAGGACAUCAAGAAGGCUUACUACCAGUUGGCAAAGAAGUACCACCCGGACACCAACCCAGAAGACCCCGACGCUAAGGAGAAGUUUGCCAAGCUGGCUGAAGCCUAUGAGGUGCUGAGUGACGAGGUGAAGAAGAAGCAGUAUGACACUUACGGAGCGGCAGGCUUCGACCCCGGCCGCGCUGGUUCAGCAGGCCAGCAGCAGUACUACAGGGCAGGGGGGACCAACAUAGACCCCGAGGAGCUCUUCAGGAAGAUCUUCGGAGAGUUUACUGGAGGAAAGGGCUUCGGAGACAUCCACAACAUGUUUGAACAACGGCCCGAGUUUGUGAUGGAGCUUACGUUUUCAGAGGCAGCAAAGGGCGCGAACAAGGAGCUGAGUGUGAACAUUGAUGACGCCUGUCAGAGGUGUGAUGGGAGGGGCAACGAGCCAGGCACCAAAGUGUCUCACUGUCACUAUUGCAACGGCACCGGCAUGGAGUCGGUCAACACGGGUCCUUUCAUGAUGCGCACCGCCUGUCGACGCUGUGGUGGGAAAGGGUCGAUCAUAAACACGCCGUGCGCUGUGUGCCGAGGUUCAGGACAGACGAAGAAGAGGCAGACGGUCACUGUACCUGUUCCUUCUGGAGUGGAAAAUGGUCAAACAGUUCGCAUGUCAGUCGGUAAAAAAGAAAUCCUCAUUACAUUCAGGGUUCAGAGAAGUCCGGUGUUCAGGCGCAACGGAGUAGACAUCCACUCAGACGUGUUGAUCUCUGUAGCUCAGGCUAUCCUGGGGGGAACAGCAACGGCACCGGGCCUCUAUCAAACCAUCAGUAUAAUGAUUCCUGCUGCCUGCCAGGCUGACCAGGUGAUCUGUCUGCAGGGGAAAGGCAUCCGGAGGAUGAACAGCUACAGCUAUGGAGACCACUACGUCCACAUCAAGAUCAGAGUGCCAAAGAAGUUGACCCGUCGUCAGCGCUCUCUGUUGCUAAGUUAUGCUGAAGACGAGACGGACGUCCAGGGGUCGGUGAACGGCGUGGAGCCGUCUUCAGAGGGCAGCACCACCUCAGGUCCUGGUCCCACCAAGUCCACCAGCUCACAGGAGGAAGAGCAGCAGCAGCAGCACCAGCAGCAGCAGAAGAAGAAGGAGGAGGAAGAGGAGGGAAGCUUCUUCUCUAAGCUGAAGAAGAUGUUCAGCUGAAGCUCUGGAACGCUGCAGGUGUGAUCUUCAGACAGGCUCAUAUCACAUCAACGCUUCUCUUCUGAGAAAGGAAGUGAACGAGGAGAGAUCCAGACGAGGACGUCACAGAGAAACACGACGUGUUCACAUCCAGCAGGAGACAAAGACGUGAACUCAGAGUUCAGGUUCCAGUGCUGAGAUGUUGACAUGUCUGUGUUGAGACGUGCACAUUAGCUUCUGUGCUAUUAUAUGCAUAAAUGAUGUUGUGCACUUUCUCCUUAAUUCCAUGUUGCCUCUGUAUAGAUUAGUGUUUUCUAAUUUCUGUAAAAUAAAUUAUCAAAGAAAUUCAUGUUUUCUUUCUUCUUAGUGAUGAUGUCAUCAUAACUGUUGUUGUGCACUACAGACGUGUUCAUGUUCUACUUCUAGUCAUCGUGGUUCUGUUUCUAUGGAGGAGCAGGGCUUUUAUUCUGAAGAGGAAAUCAAGACUAUGAAAUGUGGAAACAUACAAAUAGUGUUGGACUCCUGAUGCUCUUAGUCACUAACUUGAACUUUGAUUCUUCUCUUUAGGUAGAAAACCUCUCACACAGACCGGAGCUGAGAAACAAGAUGGCAGCACAGAGGAGUGUGACCUGUGGAGCCACACAGUCUGUCGAGAAGACAUUUAGGUGUUUGUGAACAUCUGGUCCUAUGAGGACGCUAAACCCUCUGAACCCCAGAACACGCCGGCGGGAUGGAAAAGCAUGUUUUUCUAUAAACGAUCGCCCAAAACGACACCGUUUAUCACUGACGGUCCUUGAACACAUCAUGUGAGACGAAUGCUUAGAAUUGUCAAUCGUCAAAAACAUUUUCUUCUACAUGUUCUCAUUAUAAAUGUCUCCUCUAAUAAAGAGUUCAC